UCCCCGUUUAAACCUGCCGGGGGCUUUCCCUCGCCUCCCUUUUUAUCUUUCGGCGAUGGCUUCCUUAGGUCCUUCGGGCUCCAACUGGGGCCUGAUCAUGAACAUUGUAAACAGCAUCGUAGGGGUCAGCGUGCUGACGAUGCCCUUCUGUUUCCGACAGUGUGGCAUCUUUCUGGGAGCCCUGCUGCUUAUUUUCUGCUCCUGGAUGACUCAUCAAUCCUGUAUGUUCUUAGUGAAAUCAGCCAAUCUCAGCAAACGCAGGACCUAUCCUGGACUAGCUUUCCACGCGUAUGGAAAAUCUGGAAAAAUGCUUAUGGAAACCAGGUGAGCGGCUUAUUCCGGAUCCUCAUGCUUUUUUUCAUCUCCCUCUGCAUUGUCCUCCCGCUGAGUCUCCAGAGAAACAUGAUGGCUUCCAUACAGUCCUUCAGUGCAAUGGCUCUGAUUUUCUAUACGGUGUUUAUGUUUGUGAUCGUGCUCUCUGCUUUCAAACAUGGCCUCUUUGAUGGGCAGUGGCUGCAGCGGGUCAGCUAUGCACGCUGGGAGGGCAUUUUUCGCUGCAUUCCUAUCUUUGGCAUGUCGUUUGCCUGUCAGUCCCAGGUCUUUCCAACUUACGACAGUCUGGAUGAGCCAUCAGUCAAAAUCAUGAGCUCCAUUUUUGCUGCCUCGCUAAAGGUGGUCACUGCCUUUUAUGUUAUGGUUGGGUUCUUUGGCUAUGUGAGUUAUACUGAAGCCAUUGAAGGCAAUGUACUUAUAAACUUCCCUUCCAACGUAGUGACGGAGAUGAUACGUGUGGGGUUCAUGAUGUCUGUUGCAGUUGGAUUUCCGAUGAUGAUUCUGCCAUGCCGGCAGGCUUUGAAUACGCUUCUUUUUGAGCAGCAGCAAAAGGAUGGGACAUUUGCUGCAGGAGGUUAUAUGCCACCUCUUCGAUUUAAAGCUCUGACUCUGGCAAUUGUGUUUGGGACCAUGGUUGGUGGCAUCAUGAUCCCAAAUGUGGAGACCAUCUUGGGCCUAACAGGUGCAACGAUGGGAAGUCUCAUCUGUUUUAUCUGCCCAGCUCUUAUUUACAAGAAAACCCACAAGAAUGCUCUUUGCUCACAGAUCAUACUAUGGAUUGGUUUGGGAGUGUUAAUUAUCAGCACCUACACAACUUUAUCAGCAACUCAAGAGACUCCGGCAAAAGUGGAAGUCGUGGAACCAGACAACGUGCCUAGAGAAAUAAAUAAGGAACAGGACUCGGCUAAAAUUUCAGAUCAAGACCCUGCAGUUCAAGAAGUGGCUGAUAACCGUGACAGACCCAAAUUGGUGAAUGAGAAAGAAGAGGUGGAACAACCACAGAUCAAAGUCCCCAUGGAUGUGCCUAAGAGAGAGGACAAGGAGAAACCAAAGGAGGAGGUACAACUGGACCGGCCUGAUCAAGGCUUUGCACAACCUGUGGGAGAAGCCCAUCGCCAUGAGCCACCAGUACCACGUGAUGGGGUAGCAGUGGAUGAGGGUCAGGACCGGGAGGAAUCUGAACAGAAUCGGCCACCAGCAGACAAGGAUGUCCUAGUAGAGAACAAUGCUGUAGUGGAGAAGGAAGACCUUAAAAUUGUUCCUAAACAAGCCGAUGAACAGAAUGGCCAGAAAAAGCUGGAAGACCAGCCCAUAAAAGACCCCAAGGCAGCGCCAGAGGGGGUGGCACACAAGGAGGAUCAGUCUCCUCACAGAGAGGGUGAGCUAGAGAAGCAGAAUGAGAAGAGAGACAAGGCCCUGGGUGGGAAGAACGGUGCCAAUUUGCAAGCAGCCGAACGUGGCAAAGAAAGAGUAAAAUCCAUGGAGAAGGAAAAUGAACCACAUGAUAAAAAAGAGGUCGUUUCUUCAGAGAAGUUUGGCCCAGCCCAGACUGAGGCGAGAGAGGUUCGUAAUGCAGAAGAGAAGUCCGAGAGCAAGCUCGAGGGAGAUGAGGAGAAGCAGCUAGACCAUGCCGUCCUGUUGCAAGUGAUAAAGGAACAGCAGGUUCAGCAAAAGCAACUCUUAGAUCAGCAGGCAAAAUUGUUAGCAGUGAUUGAGGAACAACACAAAGAGAUCCACCAGCAAAGGCAAGAGGACGGAGGCGAGGAAAAGCCAAAGCAAGAAAUCCAGCUGGAACAUGGCCUCGCUUUGACCAAGAGUAAAGAGAGAGAUCACCUUGACAACAAAAUUGAAAAUGCUCCCAAGAAUAUACCAAACGAAAACCUGGGUCAUCCUUUGCAUCUGCCUGAGAACCAGCCCCAAGAUCCUGAGGAAAUUAAAAGGCAGGAGGACGCUGGUCCAGCAGACUUGAAGCCUAUACAAAACAAGUUAACUGAAAUUCCUCCUAAAAAUGUUAUGGCUCAAAUAAACGAUGAGGAGAAAAUCGUAUACCACCAAGCUAAUGCAAACCACAAAGAGAAGUUGGAGCCAGUCAGGAGUGAUUCACAGAUAGCUAGGCCUGAUGGACCCCACCAGGAAAAGCAAGCCAAGUCUGAAGAUUUGAUAGGACAGAAGAUUCAAGGGGCAGACAACGUUGAGAAGAGAAAAGAGGCUGUGAAAAGGGCUGAAAGCCAAAGGGAGAUACCAGAGGUAGCCAACAUCCAUGGUGCGGAGGGAAAGAUUCCUCGUAGAUCUUCUGACAGGGAGUCCCUUGCCAAGGAGGUCAAAAAAGACUUCCAUGAUCCAGACAUUCCACUCAAACCAAAGAUUGCUGAUAACAUACCAGGGAAAUUGGAGGUCCAGGAAACUGUGAAAGGUGGGGAAAGACAGAUCUUACCUUUGGACCAGAUUGACAGAUUACAGGGUCAGGGGGCCAAGAUUAAAGAGAAGACGGCCACUGAAGCCCAUCAUCCACAGCUGGGUAAUGCCAAUGAUCAAAGGCAUGAUUCAGAGAGAGAGCAAAGAAUCCCAGAGAGCUUGCAAGAAGCUGACAGUGACUAUAUCUUACAGGGAGACGUAAUUAGGCCAGAGUCCAGGGAUUAUGAAAAGGCCAAACCCAACAGAGACCUCAAGCUACAAGCAGACCUGGACCUGCGCCGCAAAAGGCGAGAUCUGGAAGAAGAGGUGGGAGGUGUAAUAUUUGGACUUAACCCCGUCCCAGAUGUGAAAGUCAAUGACCUCCGUGGUGCAUUAGACACUAGGUUCAAUCAGGCAGCAGAAGGGGCCCAGAAAGCCCUUCACAGCCGACAGAUUAAACAGAUACCAGUGGGUGAAGAGGAGGCGUGAAAGUCUCCACACUCUGAGGAAAUGUAGGAAUCUACCAGCUGCUUAAAGGUGUCUGUUACGUGGCUAACUGCCAUUGGUGUUUAACCGUUGGCAACCCAGGUCAACUGGCUCCAUCUGAACUGAGCUCCGGUGACUGAGCACUGUUGGCUCUGGGGGAAAAAGGAAUUUCCAUGCUGCCAGCCAAUUUCAUUCUUCAAAACGGUCUCUCCUCACGCUGCUGGUAGCUUGUGUGCAAAACCCAAGGUCAUCUAUUUUCUGGGUUCCAAAAACGCUUUACGCUCGCCAUCUUUCCAAAGAAGCAUGUACAUUUUUAAUUCCUUUUGUUUAAUUUCUGUGUCUAGGAUUAGUCUGUUGCCUUAUCUGUUAUUUUAUCUUGUUGGAAAAUCCCUUUUAUCGAAUAUGUGGACAUUGCCCUCCCUUAAAUUAACGUUUGGAUUUUUGUGUUCUGCCGUUUGCUAAAUGGGUUGAUUUGGCUUUUGGAAAUGGUUUCAAGAAGAUGAAAGUAGUUCUGUAAACAUCUGAAAAGGGAGCAUCUCUUCAAAGAUAAAUUCUUAAUAUGGACUUGAUUGCUAACAAGUGCAUUUUGACAGCGACUUACAAACUGCUCUGAUCUUCUUCAACCAGGUCCAGUAUUAGCAAUAAUAAAAGUAACCUUUUUUUUUCAUUUUUGGUUAUCAAAAUAUAGGUCUGUUUUUAAAAAACAUACCUGUCUUAAGUGCAUUAUGAAACCAUACUGUGCAUAAAAGCUUUGCAAGAUGCUUAAAUGAAAUCAUUUCAAGAGGGCGCUGUCAGAGUAGGCCAUCUACCUCUUUCCUCCAUUUUAUAAGUGCAUAUAGGGUAACUUAAAGCUUGUCCCCUAUAUCCCUUCCACUUUUUCAGGAGACACUCAAAUGUGAAAUGUUAGUCGUGUCCUAGAGUUGGCAAGCUUCGACAUUUGAACACGAUUUGUUCUAGGUGUCCUUAACAGUCCCAAGGAUUGUGUUAACAAAUGAUACACCAAAUUUAAGCUCUUAACAUUUGAUCGUCACUAAUAUCCAAGGAUAUUUGGAAGUUGGGCAUAAACAGGUAAUUAUCGAAGUCAGUUAUCAGUUUACAUUCCUAGAACAAGAAGGGAGAAUUAAAGUGGAUGUUGCUUCUGGAGUGUAGCUUGGCCUGCAACAUGAAACUGAGAUUGGGGGACCCGGGGGGGGGGGUAUGCCAUUGUCGUAUCUUUCCCGUCAAGCAUAUUUGCUGUAUUUCCAUUCAGGGAGACAGAGAAAUGUGGCUGGUACCACUUGACUGUUGCAAGGGGCAUUUUUCCUUGUUACAAACAUUGUUACUCUAAUAACUUUUCCUCAGGCAUCUUAUUGGUCCUGUCUGACCAUCAUAUUAAACUGUGAUUUUAGGUGAUUGUAAUAAACUAGAAAGGGCCUUCAGUUUACCUAUAAUCCCCUCCCAAGCCUUCUCCAUCAAAGGCCACAUGGUGUUUGCAAGCUUGAGCUUCUGUUUGGUCAAUUAAUUUCCAAAAGAAAUUAUGGUCUUUGUGUAUCAAACUAUGGUUAGCGCUGUCAUGGCUCAAUGGAAGUGAUGGCUAAAUGAGAACUAGAGAUUGCAAAUUCUUUGCAAGCCAUAUUUGAGAAUGAUAUACGUGGUGGAUUCAUUAUCAUCGUGCUAAACCAGGAAUAGCCAAGCUGUUUUAGUCAUUGUGGACUACAAAACCCAUAAACUCAAUCAGCAUGACCAAUUAUUACAGGUGUUAUAGUCUAAAAAAGCUUGCAAGACAUCAGUUCGUUUAUUGCUGGGUUGAGAGCAAGGUUUCCUAACCCAAAAUCCCCAGAUGUUUUGCUAUUCUCCAAAUUGGCUGGGCAUCUUGGAAUUAAAGAGGCCGGAGAGGGGGAGUUGGUGUUGGUUGGGGAAAGACAGAUUUAGUAUGACAUUCCACACAACCAUUGAACAGAGCUGCCCAAAGCACAAUUAUAAUAGUUUGUGGUUGGAUCGCUGUUACUUCAGUAUGUAAAUAUUUAUUUUACUAAUUUUUUUGUAAAUAUCAGCCAAAUUGCUUUAAUACAAAGGGUUAUGAACGCCCUGUCAUGGUUUCUCUGGCCACAGUGUGACUGUCUGCUAUAAUUGAAGGACCAAAGAUACUUCUGGCAUUCCUCCAUAGAACGACUCAAGGUUUUGUUUUUUUUAAACAAUCCCAUCUCCAAGCAAUUACAAAGAAAGACACAAGAUGGAAGGCGGCAGCCCUGGAUUUCAUCUGGAAUUCCUCACUUGCUGCCACAGCAAAAUGUCCAAUUUCCAGUGUUGUACAAUGACCAGUCCCAGGGAUGAUAGCUAACCUGCACAAAUCAAUAAUAAAAUAAACCUGAAGCAUUUUA